AUGCUGGGAGGCGAGCCUCAAAGCGCGCUGCGCCUCGAUCCAGCCGAGGCCCAGCGGACAGCCAACACCUACAGCAUGAGGUCAGAGGUGCCGCCCUUCGUGAUGCUGCUGGAAGGCUUCUGCGAGCGCAUGCUCUCAGACACGCCCAGGUGGCAACUGCUCGGUGCGCGGGUCAUGGGAGCGAUUGUUCACUAA